UACAGGUGAUUAAAUUCUCUCCCUGUGUCUUCCCCUUUUCCUCUCAUAUUAUGUUUGUUUCCCAGAAAUUCAUGCAAAAACUGGAAAGUUAAGCGUGUUGGAAACUCCGAAUUUCAUUUUUCUUUUCUCUACUGAUUUUUGUUUAACAAAGAAUACUCAAUUCACUGGUUUCCUAUAAACCGACUGUAUCUUCGGGCAUUUUCUCACUUAUUUUGCUGUGAACAUUUGAUGCCAUGAAUUGGGACAUUAUUUUCUUUUGAAACACAUUGCAUGCAGUUUUCCCAUUUGUUUUAUGAAGUUUAAUGCCCACGUAGCUGAUUAAUUUCACCCGGAAAGACAAUAAUGGCCCAUCUUUAUCAACCUUUUACAGCCAGACCACCACCAUGAAUUCACCCAGCAGUCGGAUGUAAUAUCUUCCUGUCAGCUGCCGAAUUUUCAAACGAGGCCAACUUUGGGAAUUAGGUGAAGACUUUCCAUGGAGUGCUUCUUUACAAGGAAAGUUAGAGUUUUCAGCCUCUCCCGGCUGCUCCCACGGAAAUUGGAUUGAGUCUAAAACACAUAUACAAGCGUUGAAAUAGCAACAUAAUAUUGCUUCAAGAUUUGAGAGCCAUCAGAAAAUUGGUGCAAAAUGGCUGGAAAUGUGAGCUGUACGGCAAUGCAGGCUACAUCAAAUGGGGUGUUUCAGGGUGAUAAUCCUAUUGAUUUUGCACUUCCUCUUGCCAUUCUUCAAAUAUGCCUUGUGGUUGUGGUCACCCGCAUUCUCGCUGUAAUUUUAAAGCCUCUUCGACAACCUCGCGUCAUUGCAGAGAUUGUUGGGGGAAUAUUACUUGGGCCCUCAGCUUUGGGAAGGAACAAGGUUUAUCUGAAUGCAAUAUUUCCUGCCAGGGGUCAGACUGUGUUGGAUACUUUAGCCAACCUUGGCCUUCUCUUCUUUCUGUUCCUUGUGGGCCUUGAGUUAGACCCAAAGUCCCUUCGUCGGACUGGUAAAAAAGCUCUAAGCAUAGCCCUCGGAGGCAUCAGCCUACCUUUUGCAUUAGGAAUCGGAACCUCAUUCGCCCUCCGUGCAUCCAUUUCUAAAGGUGUACAGGGACCUCCAUUUAUCUUAUUCAUGGGAGUAGCUUAUUCCAUCACUGCAUUUCCUGUCCUGGCCCGCAUUUUAGCUGAACUCAGGCUUUUCACUACUGAUGUUGGGCGUCUGGCAAUGUCAGCUGCGGCUGUUAACGACGUUGCCGCCUGGAUUUUACUUGCUCUUGCCAUUGCCCUCUCAGGAACUGGCCGUUCUCCCCUUGUAUCUUUAUGGGUUCUAUUGUGCGGAUGUGGGUUUGUCCUCAUUUGCUUAUUCAUUGUCCCCCCAAUCUUCAGAUGGAUGCAGCAGCGAUGCCCAGAGGGAGAGCCUGUGGAUGAAUUGUAUGUUUGUGCCACUCUGUCUAUAGUUUUGCUUGCGGGUUUUGCAACCGACGCCAUUGGAAUACAUGCUCUCUUUGGAGCGUUUAUAAUCGGAGUUUUGGUCCCAAAAGAAGGAGCAUUUGUUAAUGCUCUAGUAGAAAAAGUUGAGGAUCUUGUAUCAGGCCUUUUCCUUCCAUUGUACUUUGUAUCUAGCGGAUUGAAGACUAAUAUAGCCACAAUUCGAGGAGCUCAGUCUUGGGGAUUCCUUGUUUUGGUUAUAGCUACAGCAUGUUUUGGAAAAAUUAUCGGCACUGUUGUUGUUUCCUUCUUAUGCAAAGUUCCUGUGAGGGAAUCUCUGGCUUUGGGGUUCCUCAUGAACUCUAAAGGCUUGGUGGAGCUCAUUGUGCUCAACAUUGGAAAAGACAGAAAGGUUUUGAAUGAUCAAACAUUUGCAAUCAUGAUUUUGAUGGCUGUCUUCACAACAUUUAUAACAACACCUUUAGUCAUGGCGGUGUAUAAGCCUGAUAAAAGAACUGUCAAUGCCCUUUACAAGCACAGAACUGUUAAGAGGAAAGAUCCAAAUGUUCAGUUGAGGAUUUUGGCCUGUUUCUAUGCUUCAAGAAACAUCCCCACAAUGAUUAAUCUGAUUGAAGCUUCACGAGGGACAGAAAAGAAAGACAGCCUCUGUGUUUACGCACUGCACCUCAUGGAGCUCUCGGAAAGGCCAUCUGCAAUACUUAUGGUGAACAAGGCAAGAAAAAACGGAAUACCCUUUUGGAACAAAGGGAAAAACUUGGAUGCUGAUCAUGUUGUUGUUGCUUUCGAGGCUUUUAGACGACUCAGCCAUGUCUCUAUCCGGCCAAUGACCGCAAUCUCGCCAAUGCACGAUAUCCAGGAAGACAUUAUUGCUAGUGCUGAAAGGAAAAGAGCUUCAAUAAUAAUUCUCCCGUUUCAUAAACACCAGAGGCUCGAUGGGUCCCUGGAGACCACACGAACCGAAUUUCGUUGGGUGAACAAGAGGGUUCUUGAGAGUGCUCCGUGCUCAGUGGGGAUCUUAAUUGACCGGGGCCUUGGUGGCAACACACAUGUCUCAGCAAGCAAUGUUUCUUCAGUGAUGGCAGUGUUGUUCUUCGGAGGAAACGAUGAUCAGGAAGCUCUUGCUUAUGGCGCUCGCAUGGCUGAGCACCCUGGAAUCACUCUGACUGUCAUUCGCUUCCUUCCAAGCCCUGAAAUUUCCAGGGAGAUUGAAACGAAAGAAGACCCCCAUGUAUCAGAAGAUGAGAGCUUUCUUGCUGAAGUGAAACAAAAAUUUUCCAAUGUAGAUUCAUUUACCUUUGAAGAAAGGAUAGUAAGAAAUACUGCAGAAACUGUUGAGGUCAUCAACGAGUUCAACAAAUGCCACAUGUUUUUGGUCGGUCGAACGCCUGAGGGCUCAGCAGCAGCAGCUUUGACUGUGAGAAGUGGGUGCCCAGAAGUUGGGCCAGUUGGGAGCUUGCUUAUAGCUCCUGAUUUCUCAACUUCAGCUUCAGUCUUGGUGGUGCAGCAAUAUACUGGCCAUGAUCGAGCUGUUUCUGUGUCAGGAUCGAUAACAAAGGUAGCAGAGAUGCGAGAGGAAGAUAUAGAAUCUGGGUAAUUGCAGAACAUUUUGGUAUCAAUAGCUGAUGUUGAAUGGUCUUGAUGAUGGCGAAAAUGCUGCAACAGAGGCGCCCAAAUGAUUUACUUCCAUUGUUAUUUCUGACAAGUUUCAUCAAUUGUCACACAUUAAAUUUCUGAAUGGGUUUACUUCCAAUAGCUUCUGCCUGCAAAUAAAGUGUUGUAAUUGGGUAAGAUUAGAGCUUUACAUAAAUUUUUGGGCAAAAUUUGGAUAGUUUUAUGGAUUAUGCAUUCAGAGUUUAUGGGUAGUUUAUCCUACUUAUCCAUUUUGAUGCUGAUCACUAAAAAGUUAUUUAGUGAUGGUAAUUUAGUUUGUGAAAAUCGAGUCUCUGGUCCUCUCAUCUGUAGAUAAAAAGUGUAUUUUAAAUAAAAAACAAAGAUAGAGACAAAAUAACUAAAAUUCUGGGGA